GAGUGGCUCUGCCUCAAUAGUCGCCACCAACUUCAGUUCAGCAUAGGUAGAAUAGACGCUCGUCUUGGAGGGUAAUGCAUGUUCUUAAUUUGUGUCCGUUUCUCAUGGCACAAUCAGCACUUGAGAAUGUAACUACAUACAUUUUCAAUAUAUAUUUUGAUUAAAAUGGGCUCAUAUGGAGAUUAUAUUUCCAGCGAUGCGAUUAUAUCUGUAUGCUGCGUGCGCAGUCAGCGUGAUUUGCUGAUACCACGAGCUAACCCGUAGCUAAGCCCAGGGAUUGUUUUGGGAGAUACCCGUUUAAGAAACUCAUACGUCGACACAUGAAUUAGAUAGUUUUUGUCAAUUUUCAUCAAGGUGGAAUCUAAAAGGGAAUGUCGAACCAAGGAGUUCGGAGAAAUGGCCCAGUAAAACUGCGGUUGACAGUCCUGUGUGCGAAGAACUUGGCAAAGAAAGACUUCUUUCGGUUGCCGGAUCCUUUUGCUAAAGUAGUGGUGGAUGGUUCUGGACAAUGUCACUCUACAGACACUGUCAGAAAUACUCUUGACCCAAAGUGGAAUCAACAUUAUGAUCUUUACAUUGGAAAAACAGACUCUAUUACUAUCAGCGUAUGGAACCACAAGAAGAUCCACAAAAAGCAGGGUGCAGGUUUCCUGGGCUGUGUCCGCCUCUUGUCCAACGCCAUCAACAGACUUAAAGACACAGGCUAUCAGAGAUUGGAUCUGAAUAAGCUGGGCCCCAAUGACAAUGAUACUGUGAGAGGACAGAUAGUUGUGAGUCUGCAGUCCAGAGAUCGCAUCGGGACCGGGGGUCCAGUGGUAGACUGCAGUCGUCUGUUUGACAAUGAUUUGCCUGAUGGCUGGGAGGAGAGGAGGACAGCCUCUGGAAGGAUACAAUAUCUGAACCACAUCACACGCACCACACAGUGGGAGAGACCUACCAGGCCAGCAUCGGAGUACUCUAGCCCAUCAGGGCGUCCGCUGAGCUGUGUGGUAGAUGAGAACACGCCAGUGAUGACUCCCGUUAACGGGGCAGUGGCCUGCGGACCUCCAGGCGAACAACGGGUCCAAGAGCGCCGGGUUCGAUCGCAGCGACAUCGGAAUUACAUGAGUCGAACACACUUGCAUACUCCGCCUGACCUGCCAGAGGGUUAUGAGCAAAGGACAACCCAGCAGGGCCAAGUGUAUUUCCUUCAUACUCAGACUGGAGUCAGUACUUGGCAUGACCCCCGGGUACCCAGGGACCUAAGUAACGUAAACUGUGAGGAGCUGGGUCCACUGCCACCAGGCUGGGAGAUCAGGAACACCGCCACUGGUCGCGUUUACUUUGUCGACCACAACAACCGAACAACACAGUUCACAGACCCUCGACUGUCUGCUAACCUACAUCUAGUACUCAAUCCAAGUCCAAAUGGUUCCCGUGUGGCCAUGGACAUCCAAAACACUAACCUCAGUCACCCGCCGCAGUUAAAGGACCAGGGUGGUCCUGGGGGCCCUCAGCAAGCUCUGUCCCCGGCUCAGUUACCUGAAGAGGCCGAGUGCCUGACGGUGCCCAAAUACAAGAGGGACCUGGUGCAAAAGCUGAAGGUCCUGCGACAAGAACUUUCACAGCAACAACCCCAGGCUGGUCACUGUCGCAUCGAAGUCAGCCGGGAGGAGAUCUUUGAGGAGUCGUACCGUCAGGUGAUGAAGAUGCGCCCAAAAGAUCUUUGGAAAAGACUGAUGAUAAAAUUCAGAGGAGAGGAGGGACUGGAUUAUGGCGGUGUCGCGAGGGAAUGGUUAUACCUGCUGUCACACGAGAUGCUGAACCCGUACUACGGCUUGUUCCAGUACUCCAGAGAUGACAUUUACACUCUACAGAUCAACCCCGACUCUGCAGUCAACCCAGAGCAUCUGUCGUACUUCCACUUUGUGGGUCGUAUCAUGGGCAUGGCGGUGUUCCACGGCCAUUACAUCGACGGAGGCUUCACGCUGCCCUUCUACAAGCAGCUGCUUGGAAAACCAAUCACGCUGGAGGACAUGGAGUCUGUUGACCCUGACCUCCACAACAGCCUCGUUUGGAUUCUAGAAAAUGAUAUCACUGGUGUUCUGGACCACACCUUCUGUGUAGAGCACAACGCCUACGGAGAAAUAAUCCCACAUGAACUCAAGCCCAACGGGAAAAGUAUCCCUGUGGAUGAGGAGACCAAGAAGGAGUAUGUCAGGUUGUACGUGAACUGGCGUUUCCUUCAUGGCAUCGAGGCUCAGUUUCUGGCCCUGCAGAAAGGCUUCAACGAGGUCAUCCCACAGCACCUGCUCAAAGCCUUCGAUGAGAAGGAACUGGAGCUGAUAGUAUGCGGUCUGGGGAAGAUCGACAUCGCUGACUGGAAGUCCAACACCCGUCUGAAGCACUGCACCCCUGACAGCAACAUUGUGAAAUGGUUCUGGAAAGCUGUGGAGUCGUUUGAUGAGGAGAGGAGAGCACGGCUGCUGCAGUUUGUUACUGGUUCAUCUAGAGUCCCACUGCAAGGCUUUAAGGCUUUACAGGGCGCUGCUGGACCCAGACUCUUCACCAUUCAUCAGAUUGAUGCCAACGCCAAUAACCUGCCGAAAGCCCAUACCUGUUUCAACCGUGUCGACAUUCCUCCCUACGAGAGCUACGAGAAACUUUACGACAAGUUACUGACGGCCAUCGAGGAGACUUGUGGCUUUGCAGUGGAAUGAGAGCCAAACUGAGGAAUCUGUACGAGUUCACGUCAACUGCGCAGGACUUUGAUAAAAUGUUAACGUUGUUGCAAAGAGCUGGUUAGAUCUCCCCGAGCGCCCAGCUGUCGCUCGUCCUCUCAACACAUCCAUCUCUGAGCAGCUGCUGUAGAGUCAUCCCAUUAAAGCACUUGUUUGGAGUUUAGUUGUCUGGAACACAAGUUUUGUUUUGC